UUUUCCUACUAGUUUAUUGUCACGGCUACUCUACUUCCAGGACUUACACAAUAAUCGGUGGCUGUCACUAUGGUCCUCUUGACAAAGGGGGACAAUGUCUGGGUGGACUCUGAUAUCGGGGUGGCCGUUGGAGCUCGGGUGAAGAAGGUUGAUGCUCACAGCUGCAUAGUCGUGGAUGACACAGGCAAAGAGCGCGUGUUGAGCCAUGGGAAUGGCAGUGCGGUCAGUCUGAUGCACCCUACGUCAGUGGAGGGCGUGUCCGACAUGAUUCGCCUGGGAGACCUCAACGAGGCUGGCCUGCUGCGGAACCUUCAGCUGAGGCACAAACAAGGCUUUAUAUAUACAUACAUAGGCUCUGUAUUGGUGGCCGUAAACCCAUAUGAGCUGUUGCCCAUCUACACGGCGGAGCAGGUGCAUCGUUACCAUGGACGCCAACUAGGGGAGUUACCUCCCCAUGUGUUCGCCAUCGCCGACAGCUGCUACUUCAACAUGCGGCGCAACCACACCAACCAGUGCUGCAUCAUCAGUGGGGAGUCUGGUGCAGGUAAAACUGAGAGCACUAAGCUGAUGCUGCAGUUCCUAGCCGCUGUGAGUGGACAGCACUCCUGGAUCGAGCAGCAGAUCCUCGAGGCAAACCCCAUCCUAGAGGCUUUUGGUAAUGCCAAAACCAUCCGCAACGACAACUCCAGCCGCUUUGGGAAGUACGUGGAGAUCUUCUUCAACAAGAAAGGGGUGAUCGAAGGGGCUCACAUGGAGCAAUAUCUGCUGGAGAAGUCUCGUGUCUGUCACCAGGCCCCAAACGAGCGUAACUACCACAUCUUCUACUGCCUCCUGCUGGGGCUUCCGAAGGAUCAGAAGAAAAUUCUCUCCCUGGGCAAGCCAGAGGACUACAGCUACCUGCAAGCAAGCGGUUGUAUCAGCUGUGAGGGCAAAGAUGACGCGGCUGACUACAAUCGUAUCCGCACCGCACUGAAGAUCCUCACCUUUGGUGACCGAGACUGCUGGGAAAUCUUUAAACUGCUCGCUGCCAUCCUUCACAUGGGCAACAUAGAUUUCCAAGGCUCUAUCCUGGACAACAUGGACAGCAGUAACAUUUCAGCCUCUAACCACUUCACCAUGUCUGCCAAGCUGCUGGAGGUGGACACUGACAGUCUGGACGCCAGUCUUACCAGACGAACAUUCUCAACCAAUCGGGAGCGAGUUUCUAAACCUCUGAGUUCUGAGCAGGCCAGAGACACAAGAGACGCCUUCGUCAAGGCCAUUUACACCAAAAUGUUCUUGUGGCUGUUUGAGAAGAUUAACGUGGCCAUUCACAAAGCUCCAACCCAGGGGAUGGGCACGGGCUACCAGUCCAUUGGCCUACUGGACAUCUUCGGCUUUGAGAAUUUCGUCACAAACAGCUUUGAGCAGCUGUGCAUCAACUUCGCCAACGAGCAGUUGCAGCAGUUUUUCGUGCGGCACGUCUUCAAGUUGGAGCAGGAGGAGUACACGCUGGAGGACAUCUCCUGGCAACGCAUCGUCUUCACCGACAACCAGCCCACACUGGACCUGCUGGCCGUCAAGCCCAUGAACAUCCUGUCCCUCAUCGAUGAGGAGAGCCACUUUCCCAAGGGCACAGACAUCACCAUGCUGACCAAGAUCAACCAGGUGCACAAAAAAAGCAGCAUCUACAUCGCCUCCAAGAGUGACCACGACAUCCACUUUGGGAUCAAGCACUUUGCAGGCGCGGUGUACUACGACCCCACAGGGUUCCUAGAGAAGAACAGGGAUGCUCUUAGCUCUGACCUGAUGAGUCUGGUCCAGAAGUCCAGUAAUAAACUCCUGCGUCUGCUCUUUGAGAAGGAGCUCAACGUCAACAACAUGAAGAAGAACAACAGCAAAGUGCUCAUGACUCCCAUCAGCUCAUUAAAGCAAGUGAAUGAGGCUCAUAGAGGGAAGACCACACUGAGCUCUCAGUUCCGCCAGUCUCUGGACACUCUCAUGAAAGCACUGUCCGUCUGUCAGCCACACUUCAUACGCUGCUUCAAGCCCAACCACACCAAAGCAGCCAAGGUGUUUGAUCGCGAGCUGUGUAUGCGUCAGCUGCGGGACUCUGGGAUGCUGGAGACCAUUCGCAUCAGGAAGUCGGGCUACCCCAUCAGACACACCUUCAGGGAGUUCCUGGGGCGCUACAGAGUGCUGCUCAACACCACCCGGUGUGACCCUCAUACUGAGUCUGAUGCCAGCUGCUGUGAAGCGAUCUGCAGAGCUAUCAUCAAACAGGAGGACGACUGGAAGAUUGGGAAGACCAAGAUAUUCCUCAAGGACAACCAUGACUCACUACUAGAGCGUGAAAGAGAGAGGGAGCUGCACAGAAAAGCCGUCAUCAUCACAAGAGUCCUGCUUGGACAUAAGGACAGACGGACGUUCCUGAAGAAGAGGAAGGCCGCUCUGGUCCUGCAGAAGGUGUGGCGCGGACACAAGGGACGCAAACUCUUCAAAAAAUUGUUCCUGGGGAUAACACGGCUACAGGCGUGUGUGCGCGGUCGCCAUGACCACCAGCAGUACGAGCGCAGACGGGCCGCAGCGGUGACUCUGCAGACGCAGGCGCGCGGCUUCCUGUGCAGACGCCACUACGGUCGGCAGAAAGACGCUGCCUUACUGCUGCAGAAACACAUCAGAGGCGCACUCGCCAGGAAGACCGCACACAGACUCAGGACAGAUGCGUUCCUGUCGGAACAGGAGCACUUGGCCCGGGAGAAAACUGCACUCGAGCUGCAGCGCCGUCUCCAAGAGGUCCUCGACCAAUCACAGGCCGCCAGUUCCAAGCCUGGGCCAAUCAGUGAGCAGAAUCUAGUCAAGGCAGCGUUUGACUUCCUCCCAGAAAAGAAAAAUGAAGAAGAGACAAAGCAUGAGGAGGAGGAGGAGGAGGAGGAGGAGGAGGAGGAGGAGGAGGAGCCUGUGCCAGUGCCCCAGGCCAGGCAGCGUGUAGAGGAGCAGACGCACAGAGAAGAGAGGGAUGAGGAGGAGGAGGAGAGACAGACGAGUGUGAAGAGGGGUGCAGAGAGACAGAAGAGUGUGAAGAAAGAGGCGGCGGUCCCGGCGGAGGCGCUGAUCCUGACCUACGCCGCCCGCACGCUCACGGAGCCGGGCGAGGAGGAGGACGGGCGCGAGGAGUUCUCGUUCGCUCGCUUCUGCGCGCAGUACUUCCAGAGUCCCGCCACCGACGAGCACAUCCAUCAGAGACUCCGCAAACCGCUACUGCUGCACGAGGACGAAGGGGAUGCACUGGCGUGUGUGAGCGUGUGGUGGAUCAUCUUGAGGUUCAUGGGAGAUCUCCCCGAGCCCAAAGCCAUUGUCACCAUCUCCCCGACCAACUCCACCAACUCCAUCCAACACAAGAGGGACCGGCGCCUCAGCAGCCUGGUCGGCUUGGACCAGAAAAUGCUCAGAAAAAACAAAAAGCAAAUAAAACUGGCUAACCGGAGGGCCUCUACUAUCCCAGAGGAGCCCGAUGGCCCCUCCACCUCAGUGGAAACUAGUAACGACAUUAUGAUUGGAGAAGGACCAACCUUCCACCGAACAAUGACAUCACUGGAGAAGCUGCACGUCAUUGUUGGAUACGCCCUCUCAAGGCCUGGCAUCAGAGAUGAGAUCUUCUGUCAGAUCUGCAAGCAGGUGACGAACAAUAAGAAUGAGCUGAGCCGUAAGAGAGGCUGGAUCCUCAUGGCUAUUUGUCUGGGCAUCUUCCCACCUACCGACCUCUUUAUGAGAUACCUGAGGAACUUUAUCCGCCAAGGUCCUGCUGAGUACUCCACCUACUGCAUGGAACGCCUGAGGCGGACUCUGACCAAUGGGGCGCGAGGAGAGCCAGCUUGCUGGGUGGAGCUAGAUGCGUGCCGCAGCAGGAAGCCCGUGCAGGUAAAGGUGUCUCUGCCAGAUGGGCGGAGCCUAAACCUGCAGGUGGACUCCGCCAGCACCUCAGGCGAAAUAUGCAGCUCCAUCGCCAGGACAACCGGUAUCCGUGACGACUUCGGCUUCUCCCUCUACAUCGCAAUACAUGACAAGAUGUGGUCUCUGGGCAGUAAGGGUCAGCACCUGAUGGACUCCAUCUUCCUGUGUGAGCAGGAUGUGCGGCAGAAGGGCGGGGGGGAGCAGGGCGCCCCCUGGAGGCUGUCCUACCGCAAGGAGCUCUUCCCACCCUGGCCCGGCGGCCUGGACCCUGCCGCCACCGACCUCACCUACAGCCAGGUCAUCAGCAGCCUGCAGUCCGGGGAGUACCAGUCGGACAAGGAGGAUGACUUUGUGCAGCUGGCGGCGAUGCACUACUUUGUGAAGUUUGGCUCGGAGAGCAGCUCUGAGAAAGCCAGGCAGGUGGUGAAGGAGUGUAUCAACACCAACCUCAUAGAGACCAAGUCCGAGCCGAGGUGGAUACAGAUGGUGACUGCUGCUCACACACAGGGUGGCUAUAUAAAAUCUCAAAAAAGCACUGCAGCUGUGAAGCAGGAAUUGGUGGACUAUGCCAGGCGGACCUGGCCGAUGUUCUUCUCCCGGUUCUUCGAGGUCUCCUACAGAUCAGGUCCACCUCUCCCUCACGAGAACCUGAUUUUGGCGGUGAACUGGAGUGGAGUCUCUUUCUGCGAGUCGAUGGAGAGGGUCUGCAUGGAAGUGCCAUACGCGGAGAUGACCGAUAUCAUCAUCAGUGAGGAAGACCCAUGUCCGGUGGUUUCGAUAUCCACUCUGAGGGGAGACAUCACCUUGGGCGCUGAGAAGGGGGCGGAGUUUGUGGAAAUGGUGGGCGGGUUUCUGGAUGGUCUAAAACAACGCUCAGCCUGUGGAGUUGCCCUGCAUGAUGCUAAUAAACAAGACGACCCAAUGUUCCUGAGUUAUCGCCGUGGUGACAUCCUCCUCCUCCACCGAGAUGACGAGUUCUCCCAAGAGAGCGGCUGGCUGACCGCCACUAACGAGAGGACGGGCCAGACCGCCGCCAUCUCCACCGACGCCAUCAUGGUCCUUCCCGCUAUGAGCCGGCCCACGGACGACACACUGAACUUGCUGAACCUGAACCCCGCGCAGAAGAGGAAGUCAAAAGACGAGCUCGUCACGGACAGAGUCACCCUGAUCAACCUCAAGGAAUUCUCCUUUGAAUACUUCAGGGACCCCAUGAAGGGAGGGAAGGGAGGUGCUGGCGGCCGUGAGAAGCUGUGGGCCAACACCAGAGUUCCUCUGAAGCAGCCUCUCCUCAGGAGUCUGGCCGGGAACACGCAGCUGAGCAGCCUCGCAAUGCAGGCUUUCACGGCCAUUAUGAAGUACAUGGGGGAUUACCCAGUCAAACAGGUCCGUAGCCCUCUAGAGCUGACCAAUCAGAUCUUUGGCCCGCCCACCCAGCAUCCUGCACUAAGAGAUGAGAUAUACUGCCAGAUCAUGAAGCAGCUGACCAAUAACAACAACGGUGUGAGUCUGGAGCGAGGCUGGCAACUGCUCUGGCUGUGCUGUGGUCUGUUCCCGCCCAGUGAAACUCUGCUCAAGCACACCCAGCGCUUCAUAGAGUCGCGACCCAGAGAGCCACUCUCAGCCACCAGCUUACAGAGACUGCGCUCCAUCCUGAGUGUGACUCCUAGGUUGCUGCCUCCUCAUCAGGUGGAGGUGGAUGCCAUUCUGCAGAACAGCACACAACUCUUCCAUAAAGUUCACUUUCCCAAUGACUUAACUGAGAUCUUUGAGGUGACCACCACUACUAAGAUCUGUGAUCUGUGUCGACAAAUAGCUUCCCACCUGAGGCUCAACUCUGCUGAUGGCUACAGCCUGUUUGUCAAGACCUCUAGCAAGGUGUUGAGUUUAGAUGAUCAUCAGUACUUCUUUGAUAAUCUGCGUCAGACGACUGAGGCAACCAGGAAUAAAAAAGAGAAGAAAACAAAAGAGGGUGUGCAGCUCACCAAUCCGUAUUUGGUGCUCUUCAUGCGUAAGCUUUGGUUCAAUGUGGUUCCGGGGAAAGAUGUCACCGCAGACCUCAUCUUCCAUUUCCCUCAGGAGAGGCCAAAGUACCUGCGUGGCUACCACAACUGCAGCCGUGAGGACAUGCUCACCCUGGCUGGACUCCUCUUCCGGGUCAAAGUGGACUCGGACCGCUCCCAGUUCGUCAUGAUCCCCCGCAUGCUCAAAGAGCUGGUGCCAGAUGACCAGAUGAAGCUCAUGUCCCCUGACGACUGGAAGAAGCAUAUUAUCUCCUCCUAUAAUAAGCAAGCUGGAAUCUCAGUAGAAGAAGCCAAAGUCAGCUUCCUCAGACACAUUGCUGCCUGGCCAACCUUUGGGUGUGUCUUCUUCGAGGUCAAGCAAACAUCUGACCGCAGCCUCCCCAGCAUCAUCAGGAUCGCCAUUAGCAAGCAGGGAGUCAGCAUCAUCAACCCCAUGACCAAGGAGCAGUUGGCCAUGCAUCCCUUCAGUCAGAUCACCAACUGGUCAAGCGGCAGCACCUACUUCCACAUGACACUCGGCAACCUGGUCAAGGGGAACACACUCCUGUGUGAGACAUCUCUGGGCUACAAAAUUGAAGACCUUCUUAGCUCUUAUGUCAACAUGUAUAUGACUGAGAGACAGUGGAGAAAGCCCAGGCUCUCAAUCUUCCCUGUCUGAACACUCUCACACACACGCACGUACAUACGCACACACACACACACACACACACACGUACACACACAUACACGCACACACACGCACACACACACACACACGCACAC